UGUCAAUGAACCGCCCGAAAAAAAGCAACGCGCAUCGCUUCUCUUUUGGAAUUUAUGGUACUGUAACAAGGCUCGCUUUUGUGUUACCGCUGUAAUUUUAACGUGAAAUCCACAAAACUAACGCGUAAACAAUGCGCGAAUAGCGUUUUGCACGCCAGAAAAGUGUAUUUACGCUAAAUUGUGACCACAGCAUUGCGAUAUAUGGAUCAAUAUCGCACUAGUUAAUAUGCGCUAGCAAUAGCUUAGCGUCGGUACACCAAAUGGAGACGAAAUCCGGCGUUGGAAUUCAAGACCACUGGAUGAAGAGUAUGAUGGAGCCGGCGUCUAGUGACAAACAAGAUAACCGUUCGUCAGUUAAACGCGAGAAGAUGGCCGAAGCUUACAACGGUGGGGACAACGUAACGUACGAAUUAAAACAACAGCAGAACGAUACGAGGUACCGAUGUGAUGUUUGUGACCUCACGUUUGAAGGUAUGGAGUACUUGAUGCUGCACAAGAAGUUCCAUGGAAACGACAAGGAUACUCCUAUCAUGGAGCCAGAGCCCCAAGUUCAUCACAAAGAAGGUCCUAAAAAAAGGCGCAAGUUUAAAUGCGACCAGUGUGAUGUUAAAGUGAAUUCUCAGUACCAUCUUGACAUUCAUAGGUCCAAGCAUGAAGGUGCAGCGUCCAAAAAGUAUUUAUGCGAGGUAUGUGACCGAAGUUUUGUUGCCGCUCAGUUCCUUAAAAGUCAUAUGCAAACUCAUUCGUCGACUUCCACUAUUAACUGUGAAAUUUGUAAUAAAAGUUUUACUGGCCAAGCUUAUUUGAAGCUUCAUAUGCAGCUGCAUAAUGAUAUAAAGAAGUUUAAAUGUUCGAAAUGCGACGAAAUGUUUCCGACUAAGAAUUGCCUGAAAAUCCAUAUGAAGAAACAUACAAAGGUAAAAAACUUUAAAUGUGACUGUUGUAACAAGUUAUUUGUAUCGAAAAUCACCAUGGAGAAGCAUAGACAAACGCACGAAGGGCAGCCGAUCGACUGUCAUGUGAAAUGUACACAGUGCGACCGAACUAUGCACGCGUCUCUGCUCCGAACUCACUUAACAAGAGCCCAUCCUCCUAACGUUGAUGACGAUGUUAAGAGACCCCAUAAAUGUACAACUUGUGGUAAGAGUUUCAUCGUCCGAAUCAAUCUCAAUCUCCACAUAAGAGUUUGUCAUCCAGACCUAGCGGAGCCGGAGGAAGAUGACGAAGAAAUCAUGACAGAUAAUUCCUAGUUGUUACUCCUAACCGUAUAUAAGCGUAUUGCUACGUAUUAUUACAAAAUAAUUAUACUUUUUUAUGAUAAAAACAUAAGUAGUUUGAAUUAAUUUUACUUCCCUGUAACCUUCCAUUUUAUGAUUAAGUUCAAUAAAACCGUGUAUUUUCAUAUAAA